AUGGCGCGAAGAUGCUGUAAGAGCGGCCACUGGAAGGAAAGGUUCGAGACAAGCGCGAUGAUGGGGACUUUCCUGGCUUCGACGCCGCUGCUGAAGGAGGCGUGGAGGCUGUGCAGCGCGGCGAAUGCGAUGGGGUGCGGUGCCUUCGUGGUGGAGCAAGUCGGGGGCGUGGGGUACGUGGCAUUCUCGGGCGUCCAAGAGAUGCCGGUGCUUGGUUGGGAUCCGAGUUGCACCAUGCUGGCGCCGCUGGAUGCAGCAGGCCACGGGCUGUUCGCUGCGCUGACACGCCGCUACGAAGGUGAAGAGCCCGUCAUGGUCCACUCCGGAGUGCUUCACCGCUUCCAUCAUUAUCAGUCGCGCAAUGAUCUUCAGAGCCAGAUUGAUAGCUUGUUGGAUAAAACCAAGUCAAUAGUGAUCACAGGCCACUCCAUAGGAGGAUCAGUCGCAUUUCUCACAGCUCUUUCGGUUCUCUCCUUCCUCAAAUCCAUCUUCCCACCCUCAGUCCUAUGCAUUGGUUUCGGCUCUCCUUUCCUUGGCAAUGAGUCACUUUCGCGAGCCAUUCUCCGUGAAAGAUGGGCCAGCAACUUUUGCAAUGUUGUGGCCACACAUGAUAUAUUGCCAAGGUUAUCUCUCGACCAAUCACUUGUUCAGACUCCCCAUUGGAAGGCCCUCAUAAGAUUUUGGUACACGUCUAUGAUGUCACCAAACUCUAUGAAUCUCACUGACUUCCCAUUAACUGAAGAAGACAAGGCUUGGCUAUUUUCCUUCGCUGUAGCCAACAUGGAGCGCUUGGCACAGGUAGGGGAAGGCUCGAGAUGGAGGUCAUUUUGGCCCUUAGGGAAUUACUUGUUUUGUUCAGAGGAGGGCAUGAUUUGUUUGGACAACGCUAUAUCAGUCAAGAAGAUGAUGCAUUUGAUGCUAAGGACAAGCUCUCCAAGUUGUGUUAUUGAGGAGCACCUUAAGUAUGGGUGGUAUGUAGAGAGACUUUCUCUUCAAUCUUUGGGGAGAAGGUUCAAAGAAGGACAUCUCUCUGAAUCAAGCUAUGAAGCAAGUCUUUCGAUGGCUUUGAACUCCUUAGGGACAUCUCAACAGGUAUUGAUUGCACUGAUGGCAAAAGAUUGCUUGAAGAUGGCAAGGCAAAAGGAGCGCCACCCAAACCUAAACGCCGCCUAUUUAGCCAUUAAGCUAUCCAAAAUUGCUCCUUACAGGGCGGAGAUAGAGUGGUAUAAAGCUUGUUGCGAUAACUCCGACAAGCAAAGAGGAUACUAUGAUUCUUUCAAGCAGAGGGGGGCCUCAAAGAGAGAAUCACAUAUAAACAAGAACCGAAUCAUUCUUAAGGCCUUUUGGGAUGGUGUCGUAAGCAUGAUGGACAGGAACGAGCUCCCACUCAACUUUCACAAAAGUUUAGAAUGGGUAAUUGAGGAGUCGCAGCUCUAUAAGCUCCUCGUGGAGCCAUUGGAUAUUGCGGAGUAUUAUCGAUCGGGGAUGCAUCUGAAGAAAGGCCACUACAUAAGUAAUGGAAGAGAGAGGAGAUACGAAAUUUUCAAUCAGUGGUGGACCGAGAGAGUUGUUAUCGAGAAAUUGGGCAAUAGGAGGACCAGGUACACAAGCUUGACCCAAGACACUUGCUUUUGGGCAAGGGUGGAGGAAGCAAAGGAGUGGCUGGACAAAAUCAAAAGUGAAAGCGACCCAAAUAAUCUGGUUUUUCUUCGGGACAGACUCAAUGAGUUCGAAGCAUAUGCAAUGAAGCUGUUUGAUGGAAAAGAGGCGUCUGCUGAUGUUCUGGCUAAGAAUUCAAGCUUUAGUUUGUGGUUAAAAGAAUGGAGAGCAUUGAAAUCACAGAUUUAUCCCCUAAUCGAAUUGGCCUUACCUGACUAA